AUGUCUUGUCUGGACGAAACACACCCGUGUAAGUGUAUUGCUGGCAAUAAAUGAAAAGUUAGAAUAAUGAGUUAGGCAGUUACUUUACCUUACCAAACAUUGAUCAGGACAAGUUGUUAUCCAGUGUAGGUUAUGCAUGUUGUAUACCCAAAUUAUCAAUUACUUUAUUCUUCAACUUUUUAGAUGUUUCGUUCAACAUUGCAACGAACUGGACUGUACAGAGACAGUCAAACUAUGGAUUUUCAAGUGUCGCAUGUGACCAAACUAUAGAACAAACGCUAAAUCGCGACUCUAAAGUGAAAGGUGGGCUAGUAGGCAUUACUCUUAACCGUGGGGCUAUGCAUCGAUGGAUACUAGGACAAGCAGAACGAGCAGCAAUCAUGCGUCAAUGUGAAUUGAUGGCAAAUGUAUCUGAUAUCCCCAGGUGAAUAUAAUGCAUGAACAUAAAAAAAUGUACAAUAUAUUAUGCAUUCAUACGAACAGAGAAUGAAUAAAUUAAACUUGCAUGUUCAUUCACAUUUCAGAGAUAGAAAGGACUUGGACAAGACAAGGAUAAAAUCUGACAAAGAUGCAGUAGUAGAAGUUAUUCACACAAUCGACGCUUUUGUUAAUCCCUUUGAAAAUGAUCAUACCGAACUCGUCCAUCUCGCAAGUGGAAAAGUAGCCACAAAUGCUGUUGCAUCAGACAUGACAAACAUGUUCGAAAGAGGCGAAAAAGCUGCCUUGGAUUUCAUGAACACGAAAGUUCUAUGUAGCAAGCCUGAUAUAUACGCUGCAAUUAAGAAAACUAAUCUGAAGACUUUUUCUCAAAUGAGCACAAAGGUGAACAGCAAAAAUAGGAAAGGAGACGUUGUAGCAGUAAAGAAUUCAAAAAAGCUGUUUGCCAAAAUGUUGCUCAUCGCCAGAAGCAGAGACGUAGAUAUGAAAGAGGUUCUUCAAUACUCAUUAAGACCAUUCCCACUUCCUUUGGCUACAUCUGAUGGCAAUCUUGUAAAAACUGCGAAGUCAAAACUAUUACAUCUUAUCGAGAACAGGACUACUGAUCACUUAGUUGAUAGAAUUGAAGGCGAUAAAGUUCUUAUACUGAAUGCUAUGGCAAUACUUCAAACCAUCAAAAUUAUCCCAUCUACAUUUGGUGAGCUUGCCCAUAAACUACUUGUCAUGGUUGUGGAACUAGCCGUGAAGACGAAAGCGAAAAGAGUUGAUUUUGUAUGCGAUCGUUAUCCUGCCCAGAGCAUAAAAGACUUUGAAAGGGCAAUACGUGGUGAAAGAGGGACGCAGCUGAUUAAAAUCUACAGUUCCCUCCAGAAAGUUCCUCGCCAAUGGAAGAAAUUUAUAACGGCUGGAGAAAACAAGGAAGAACUGAUAAAAUUUCUUUUUAAAUCCUGGAGUGAGGAGUGCGAUCCACAGCUGCUGCGAGGUGUAGAAGUUUUUAUCGCACACGAAAGCCAGUGCCAUCAGCUUGUUGCCUUGACAAAUACAAUCGCAUGCCACGAAGUAGAAGAUCUUGCCUGUGACCACGAGGAGGCGGACACGAGAAUGCUCGCUCACGCAAAGAGUGCGUCCGCAGAGUAUUCCAGUAUCAUUAUUAAAAGUCCGGAUACGGACGUAUUUAUCAUAGCCGUAAAUGCUAGCUUGUCAAUUCGUGCUGAUUUAUAUUUCGAGACAGGGACGAAAGAUAAAAGGCGGAUAAUAUCAAUUAGUAAAGUUAAAGAGAAUUUGGGAGAUCUGUGGAGUGCAGCAUUAAUUGGUUUUCAUUCUUUUACAGGUAACACUUUUAAUUUUAAAUUUGCUGCUCAACCAUUUUCCGAAUGAAAAAUUAAUUAAUAUCCUUCUUUAAGGUUGCGAUACCACAAGCGCAUUCUUUGGAAAAGGAAAGUCUUCAGCACCUAAAAUUGCGAUGGAAAGCGAAGAGUACGCUCUGGCAUUUUCAAACCUUGGAAAUGAAUUGGAUGUACCAAGUUCUAUGAAAGCUGUCUUAAAAACGUUUGUGUGCCAUUUGUACGGCGCUGAAAAUCAGAGUGAUUGUAUUAAUUGUAUUAAAACUUUAUUUAGAGACACUAGCCCCGUCAACGGUGCGUUGGUUUCCACGGGGGGCGUCUACAAUGUUAAAAAUUACAAAAGAUAUAAGGGAAAAGAAGACUAUUUACAAAUUGGUGUGACCCCAGAUGUUAUGGUUAGACGGAGUUACAAUUUAUUUCAAAUAUAUAUAGUAUUAGAGUUAAGUUUUAAAUGGCUUUUGAACAGGUGCAUUGAUUCUGCCAGUUUCGUAUCGAUAGAGAGACUAUUCCAUAGCUUAGCCCCACUGUAUUUAAAACUCUUUUUUAGGAAUUCUCUUUUAGGCUUAGGAAGAGCCAAAUCUGUAUGACUAUUUCUAAGAUCAUAAUUUGUUUGCAUAUGAUUGCGUCUUAUCAAGGAUUCUUUCAACGUAGGUCCUACGUAAUCCUUCAAGACUUUAAACAUUAAUAUUGCUUUGUUUGUACGUCGUAUUGUCUCUAAAUUGUCCCAAGCAAGAGAUUGAAGAACAUCAGCAGAUCUAAUCUCAUAACUUGCACCGACAAUGAUUCGGGCUGCGCGAUUUUGAAAUUUUUGGAGUUUAUUUUUCAAAUUUUGAUCACAGACGCCCCAAAUGGGAGAACAAUAAUAAAAAUACGGCUGAAUCAGAGCUCGAUAAAUUGUUUGAAGGGUGGUUAUUGGAACAAAGGGUUUAAUACGUCUCAAAGUACCCAGGCCUGCUCCAACCUUUUUGCAAAUCGCCUGAAUAUGUGAAUUCCAGCUAAGAUUUUCAUCUAAAUCGAGACCAAGACAUGUGAAAGAGUGAACUCUGGGGAUGCGUUGGUUAUUUAACAUCACUGGAUGAUCAAAAGUUGUGGAAUUAAUAUGAUGUUUAGAGCCAAAGAACAUUAUUUUGGUCUUAGUUGGGUGGUGUUGUAAUUUAUUUCUAGAAAGCCAAUCACCGAUUCUACUCAGAUCGUGAUUAAGGUUUUCGGUUAAUUCAAUCAAACUGUUAGAGCUGCAGCAAAUUUGGGUAUCGUCAGCAUAUAAAUAAGUCGUCAGCAUAUAAAUAUAAAUAAUAAUAAUAUCGUCAGCAUAUAAAAUCUCGUUCGUUACUUACUGUUUAAAGGAGGAAAAUUUGACGAGGAAUUAUUACCACCAAACGAGGAUUGCCAGAAUGGUGCCAAUGGAGAUACGGACACAAUUGAGGAUGUUGAUUCUCACGACACAUAUAAUCCAGUUGAUAGCGAUAGCGAUAGCAGUGUAACUGAGUUCUAA